AUGUAUUCCAUAGAAUGGCAAAAGCGUGGAUUACCCCAUGUCCACAUAUUGCUUUGGUUGAAAGACAAGUUGAGACCCAACCAAUUUGACGACAUUAUCAGCGCCGAAAUACCGGAUCCAGACAAUGACAAGGUUCUUCAUGAUAUUAUUGUCAAAAAUAUGAUUCACGGUCCAUGCGGUCCUGAGAAUCCACAGUGCCCUUGCAUGAAAGACGGUAGAUGUACUAAAAAAUUUCCAUGCAAAUUACACUCAGAGACAGUUCACAAUGAAAACGGAUACCCCAUGUAUCGUAGACGAGCGCCAGCAGACGGAGGUCGAACGGCAACUGUAAAACUUCGAAAUGGUAGUUAUGCUACUGUUGAUAAUAGUUGGGUGGUUCCCUAUUCGCCUAUUUUGUCAAAAAUGUUUAAUGCCCACAUCAAUGUAGAGGUUUGCAGUUCAGUGCGUGCGAUUAAAUAUAUCUGUAAAUACAUAAAUAAAGGCAGCGAUCAAGCUAUUUUCAAUUUUAGAAGCACAGAGCACGCAAAUCCCGUAGAUGAAGUACAAACGUAUCAGUCCGGUCGUUAUAUCAGCAGCAAUGAGGCCGUGUGGCGGCUGUUGGGAUUUCCACUACAUGAAAGGCAUCCUACUGUUACGCACCUUGGUGUGCACUUAGAAAACGGUGAACGAGUUUAUUUUACGGAAAAUAAUUUCCAUGACCGAGUGUCAACUCCACCUAAAACCACGCUCACCGCUUUUUUUGAACUAUGCGCAAGGGAUGACUUUGCAAAAACUCUUCUGUAUGUUGAUGUGCCAAGAUAUUACACCUGGAAUGCAACAAGAAAAGAAUGGAAACGCAGAGUUCAAGGAACUCCUGUUCAGAAUUGGCCCGGUGUUAAAUCUGGUGAUGCUCUAGGUAGAGUUUACACGAUCCAUGUGAGCAACAUGGAAUGCUAUUGUUUGAGAAUGCUGCUAUAUCAUGUGCGAGGGCCUACGUGUUUCAAAUAUCUCAAAAAACACAAUGAUCAGGAAAUGUCAACAUUUAGAGAAGCAUGUGAGGCUAAAGGUUUAUUGGAGAAUGACAAUCAUUGGGAUGAAACACUGGAAGAGGCCGUACAAUGUAGAUCAGCAGCCAAGGUGAGAGAGCUUUUUGCUAUUUUAAUAGCGACAUGUGGACUGUCGAAUCCUCAGCAAUUGUGGGACAAGUACAGAAAUGAUAUGUCAGACGAUAUAUUAUAUAGAUUGCAAGAAAAUAAUCCUAAUGUCACAUACAUUGAUUCUAUUUAUGACGAAGCCCUAACAAAGAUUGAAGACCAAGUGAUAACUAUUACUGGUAAAGAUUUAUCAGAUUUUGGGAUGAGUAGACCACGUAGGACAGGGCAAGUUUGUAGUGAUGUGUUACGCGAACUAAAUUAUGACCAUGCUUUUUUACAACAGCAAAUAACGGAGUCUGUUCCACGUUUGAACCCAGAACAAAGAAAUGUCUUUAAUAGUGUGGUGCAAAAAAUCGAAAACGGCGUAGGUGGUUUGUUUUUUCUUGAUGCUCCUGGAGGCACUGGCAAAACAUUUCUUUUAAAUCUCCUUCUUGCUCAAAUCCGAAAAGAUAAGGGAGUUGCUAUUGCAGUAGCGUCCUCUGGCAUUGCCGCCACACUGCUCAGUGGUGGCCGGACAGCACAUUCAGUACUCAAGCUUCCUUUAAACUUAGCUCAUGAAGAAAUGCCAGUUUGCAAUAUAAGUAAAAAUAGUGAGCGCGGAAGAAUGUUGCAGCAAUGUAAGUUGUUGGUUUGGGAUGAAUGUACUAUGUCUCACAAGAGAGCAGUCGAAGCAUUAAACCGGACAAUGCAAGACAUAAAAAGCAACAGAAGUAUUAUGGGAGGGAUGAUUGUUCUUUUGGCUGGUGAUUUCAGACAGAUUCUACCCGUGAUAACUAGAGGUACACCGGCAGAUGAAAUAAACGCAUGUUUGAAGGCCUCUACGCUAUGGGUGCAUGUGCAAAAAUUUAGUCUGACUACAAAUAUGAGAGUACAACUGCACAACGAUUCACAAUCGGGGCUGUAUGCGGCCACUCUCCUGAAAAUUGGUGAAGAUCGUAUGGCCACAGACAUUAACGGUAUGAUCACACUAAAUCACGAAUUCUGUAAUAUUGUUGGCAGCACUGACGAUCUAAAAACCAACGUAUAUCCUGAUCUGCGGACUAAUAUGGGAGACCAAGAAUGGUUGUGUGAAAGGGCAAUUUUAGCACCAACGAACGAAAUUGCUGGACAGAUUAAUGAAAAUAUUAUGUCAGAAGUGGAAGGUGACGUCGUGGAAUAUCUCUCUGUAGAUAAUGUAAUGGAUACAGAACACGUAACAUCAUACCCUGUCGAGUUUCUUAAUUCUCUAGAAUUAUCAGGCGUGCCUUCCCAUAACCUGAGGUUGAAAGUUGGUGUCCCCGUUCUAUUAAUGCGUAAUCUUGAUGCACCUCGGCUAUGCAACGGCACUCGAUUGCAAAUUACGCACUUGGGGAAAAACAUCGUUAAAGGAACAAUUAUGACCGGAACGGCAAAAGGAGAAAAUGUUCUGAUUCCACGUAUUCCCAUUAUUCCAACAGACUUGCCGUUCCAGUUUAAAAGAGUGCAGUUCCCUUUAAAACCCGCCUUUGCAAUGACUAUAAAUAAAAGUCAAGGGCAGACACUGAAGGGUGAUGAUAGGUUCUGUAGUGCAUCAGGGAUGUUCGCAGAUGCCCGGAUUGAUUGCUUUUAUGCUUCUAUGCGUAAAAGGUGCGCGUCCCUGGUGCGGAGGGUGCGGGGCAGCCCCAACAGCAUCCUGAGAAUGGUGGCCAGCAGACUAGACUGCAUAUAUGUUAACCACUGUUGUGCUAUCUCACAUGGGAUGCCUGGCGGGAAGUUCUUCCCUUUGUGGCGGUCGAGCUGUCACCUGGCUCCCGCUACAGUGGGUGACCCCGACGUGAUUGGAAGCAGCCUUUUCCGUCAUACUCUCCAAUCUUCAGCAUCACUCCUCGCACCCUCAUUGGUCUCGAGUCAGCAGCAAGCAGUCACUCUCAGCAGCAAGCCAUCACUCAUCUUCAAGGGCAUUUACAGGACCAUCGCAGCCGACGUAACGCGCUUCCUGGUUCUGGCACCCGAAGCUCUGUUCGACUUCACCGAUGCCGACGCACCCUGCAGCCCACGUCUGGACGCGCGCACUCAUCGGCGUGGCAGCCUUCGUGGCGCUCACAACAGUCUCGACUCACCGCAGACUACGAGCUUAACCUACGCAUCCCGACUCACUGGGAUAUCGAGUAACAUGGCACACGAGAAGCACAGACUGCACAUCAAGACUUCAUCAGACCUCCGGUCUUGGGGGGGAAUAAUAUGGCGACAUCUACCAUGCCACAUGUAG